AUGGACCUCGUCUCGAGCUCCGGGUUCGAGGCGUUAUAUGAUCGGCAGAGAACGCAGAGAAGGGGGACGCACCUUUCUUGGAUCUUGGCGGCUGCAUUUGCAUUCGGUGCAUGCGUGCGUGGAUCAGGAGCCGCCAUUGCCUGGCUGAGGAGGCACUUGACGAGCUUCGUGGCGUUGUCAUCCAUUGCUCCCGAAGUUCAUGAUCAGAGACGAGCACGAAGGUUUUGCCUCCUGUCGUUCAAGUGCACUCACAUUCGAAGUUUUUCGCCUUUUAUCAUGCCCCCUUGCCAUGAUGUGCGUUUUUUUUCCCCGUCGCGAGCGGUAAUUUUGAAGUCUUCUUCAUAUCUGCUACUGCGUUAUGUGUUCCGUGUUUUAUGGAUCGACUCUGAUUAUCCUCGAUCGAUUCGGAGGAUGCGACUGCGGUCUAGAUUCUCCUCAGUACAGAGGCAAGCUUUCUGGGUAUACAGCGCAGGCGGCAGCGAAGGUGAUCCCCAUAAAGCUCCGUCAAUAGAGGUGAGAUCCAGGAUCAGCGAAAUAUAAGCAAAUCUGGCUACUUGAUCUCAGAAACUGCACAGCCGCAUCCUCUCGUGCAUCUUGUUGCCAGUGCCGAUGGGCUAAGUCAACAAUGACUGAAAUUCCAAAUCGAAGCAUGGUAAACUCGUGUACCACAAGAACCUGUAACAAUGCAGAGCAGCAAGCUAAUGCGCCUGCAUCUGCUUCAUCUGCCUAACUUCCACACCAGGUAAUAAUAUAGGAGCAACUCGAUCACAUAUUCUACGAACGUAGAGAUUCCAUCAUGCCACAACGUGAUUCUACACAAGUUGAUCUUUAUUAUUAUUGUGUAUAUACAGGAAACAUCAAACUUCAUUUUCUAGGAGUGGGGAGGACCCUGGUAUGACGUUCAUAUAACAUAUCUCAAGUGCAUAACAGGCUCCUACUAUUUGAUUCUAAUGUUUAUGUUAGGCGAUCCUUUCCACGCAUUUUUAUUCCAGAGCGCCAAUUCUCAAGGACUGUCGGUGCAUUGUGGUAUAUACUUUACUCCUUGUUUCUUAUAUUCAAAUUACCAGUUUCACA